CUCAUCUACCAGUAAUCUCUACUAAUCGAAUAGACAACUGUCAUUUUCACAUGUGAUGUGAUAUGUGAUUUUGAGGUUAUAUUAUUGUUGUCAGUUGUGACGUUACGGGGGCCCUGCAUAAUUAUCCCCAAACAAUGGCUCACGGAAUAGACCCCGCUUUAAGCGAGGCGGUUCUAAAGAAAACCUCAAACAUCGCGUUAUUGAAGGAAAAAGUUACAGGUUAUGAUUGGGAUCGAGGUCUGGAUCAUAACAAACUUCUGGAAAGUUAUUUACAUACUGGGUUUCAAGCUACCAACUUUGGUUUAGCUGUGCAGGAGAUCAACAAAAUGAUACAUUGUAGGAAGCAACCUAUUGCAGUGGACAAGUUCAUUGAUAAUGAUGAUGAAUAUACUGCUGUUAAAAACAACUGUACAAUAUUCUUAGGAUACACAUCAAAUUUGGUGUCCAGUGGUCUACGAGAAACAUUCAAAUUUUUAGUAAAGAACAAAAUGGUUGAUUGUAUUGUAACUACAGCAGGUGGUAUAGAGGAGGAUUUUAUCAAAUGUUUAGCACCCACAUUUAUGGGAGAUUUUCAUUUAGAAGGAACAAAAUUGAGAGACUGUGGUAUCAACAGAAUUGGAAAUCUAUUAGUUCCUAAUGAUAAUUACUGUAGUUUUGAAAACUGGACCAUGCCAAUUUUGGAUGAAUUAUUGAAAGAGCAAAAAGAUGGUGUAAUGUGGAGCCCUAGUAAAAUAAUAGAGAGGCUUGGCAAAGAAAUCAAUCAUGAAGAUAGUAUAUACUACUGGGCUGCUAAAAAUAAAAUACCAGUAUUUUGCCCAGGCCUCACUGAUGGAAGCUUGGGUGAUAUGAUGUUUCUUCAUACUUUUAAAAAUCCUGGACUUAUUGUAGAUAUUGUAUCAGUUUUAGACCUAAGAAGGCUGAAUCUUAUGGCAAUGAAAUCUGUUAAUACAGGGAUGAUAAUACUGGGAGGAGGGUUGGUGAAGCAUCAUAUUUGCAAUGCCAACUUGAUGAGGAAUGGUGCUGACUAUGUAGUUUAUGUGAAUACUGCUUCAGAAUUUGAUGGCAGUGAUGCUGGUGCAAGGCCUGAUGAAGCCAAGUCAUGGGGAAAGAUAAAAAAGGAUGCUACACCUGUUAAAAUAUAUGCAGAUGCGACUCUAGUAUUUCCACUGUUGGUUGCACAAACGUUUGCCAAAGAUUUUUUCCGAUGAGUGUUACAAAAUAUGUUCUUACCCUAUGGAGAAAAUUUAUUGCAAUCGAUUAUUUUUCUGUGAAACCAAUGGAGUGGAGAAACCCACAGUCUGUAUUCAUUUGAUAAUUCUUACAUUGCAUAGUGUAAUAUUCACAAUAACAUAACUCAUCAGUCCAUAGAAUCAUUUUUUUAAUUGUUCAUGGUCACUGCUUUUUGAAAUUCUCACUGACUCGUAAAGGCUCUCGUGAAGAUUCUUUACUUUGUAUUUUACUGAUUGAACAUUUUCCUUUUUAAUACUGAAGUGCCACAGAUUUUGUUCAUAUCUUUUUAGGAAUGAGGAAAAAUCAGAUGAGAUAUUGGUGAAAUAAAACACGUUUUUUAUGUAUAAAGAUUUAUUCUAACUAAUAAAAAAUGAUACAAGAUAAUGAGUAUUACAAAAGUUUAACAAUAAUUACCUAAAAACACAUAUUUAAAAAAAUAGAGUUUAUUUGAUUUUUUAGUCUUAGAAUAACACAUCAGACCAUUUUGAAUGAAUUUUACAUCGCUAAUAGUUCAUUGACAAGUUUAAUUCGCAUAUAUAA